CGCACGUGUUGACCCGCAUGUCAGACGGAAAUCGCUUCGAAAUCGAGACGGUUUCUUACCGGUUGUGUGGUACGAUGGUCUUCCUUUUUUUUGGUGGUUCUUAAAUCAGUGUUCAAGUUUUUAAAAUAAACGUGCACGUACGUCGUCACAGGAGUCGAGACCAUUGAAAGCGUGGAAAGCGUCGAAAGCGUGUGCAGUUGUGUGACCGCGUGUGUGCCCCCUCUUGGAUAAUUAUCACCGGUGCCAAUAUCGGCGAUGUGGAACAUUAACUCGAACCGGCCUCAGGCACAGGACAUGGCCAAAUAAAGACAAAAAGCCACGUUUAGGGCUGGCCCGGAUCAAAAUUAAAACUAAACAUUAUGUAAUUUUAAUUUUAAUGGAAGCAGCGUUGAACUAAAACUCAAGUGUAAAUGAAAUUUCAUUAUAGCCUUCCAUGCAGUAGUGUGUUUGAACAGUUUAAAUAUGAGUGGAGUUCGCUCCGAAGUGCCUUUUAGUUUGCUGAAAGUUUUACAAGUGUGGACUAUUGUGCUUGUUUUCAGUCCCAUCAUGUCAGGAUACCCGUGGAACGUUUCUGACACGAAUCCGGGACGAUCGUACGUUGGCGGUCAGCAUUUGGCGUUGCCCCCCGAAUUCGAUGACAUCCUGAUAAGGGAAGUGGACGCCACAGUCGGACAAACUUUGCUUCUGCCAUGCACUGUUAAGAAUCUCGGUGACAAAGUUGUGUCGUGGAUUAGGAGUAAGGACUUGCAUAUCCUGACGUCUGGACGGCACACUUUUUCCAGCGAUAGCCGUUUCGAAUCGGUGCACUCGAGCAGUUCGGGGGAUUUCUGGGGAUUGAGGAUAAGAGGCGUCCACAUAUCUGACACAGGUCAAUACGAAUGUCAGGUUAACACCGAUCCCAAGAUGAGCCUUGCCAUUUACUUAAACGUCCAAGUUUCAGGUGCACACCGUCCAGGAACGUCCGACUCGAAGUGGGUCAGCCAGGCGCUAAUAAAAGGUCCGAGGGAAGUUUACGUCCAGGAUGGGUCCCCGGUGACCUUCACAUGUGAAAUAUCGCCCUUAUCGGUCGCGUCGUUACAGUCUGGGGCGCACGGAUUUUUCUUCAGUUCCAGGCCAAAGGUGCGAUGGCUGCACGACGCCAGGGAACUCGCCUCCUCCGAGGAUAACGGAAAAGGAAUAGUCAUUACAUCAGCAUAUACAGAAGACAGCAUGAGAUUGAUCAGCACAAUCCAUUUACCAUCCGUAACUUGGAGAGACAGUGGACAGUACACGUGCAUGCAACCGUCCACUAAAGACGAUAAAGUCCAAUUAACUGUCAUCGAAGGCGAACAUUCCGAAGCAAUGCAAAGAGACUCCCCACUUUUUUCGGACGGUGUUAGGUGUUUUCCUUGUACAGCACUAGUGCUUAUUUGUAUCACUGAUUUAUUUAUUGUGUGUAACAUUUUUAUAUAAACGUGUAAAUAAAUUAUAUUUUAUUUUUU